UUUCGCUUCCAUUCCUUCCUACACCACCUUCUUCCUCGCAGCGAUCGGCGUCGUCGUCCAUGGCUCGCAAGAAGGUGGCCAUCGAGUACAUCGCGAGCGACCCGACCCGGAAGGCGACGGCGAGGAAGCGCGACAUGGGCAUAAAGAAGAAGGCCGGCGAGCUGUCCGUGCUGUGCGGCGUCGACACGUGCUACAUCAUGUACCGCGAGGGCGGGGCCUCGCCACCGGAGGUGUACCCGUCGGUGCCGGAGGCGAUGCGCGUCAUCGACCGCUUCAGGGCCAUGCCGGAACUGGACCAGUGCAAGAAGAAGAUGGACGGGGAGGACUACGUCCGGGAGCGCAUCGCCAAGAUCCAGGAGCAGCUGCGCAGGGCGCAGCGCGACAACCGCCAGCUCGAGACCACGCUGCUCCUCCACGACGCCCUCGUCGGCCGCCGACAGGACCUCGCCGGCGCCGCCAUCGAGCAGCUCGUCAGCCUCGGCUGGAUGGCGGAGAACUACGUCAAGAAGGUGAGCGACUGCAUCGCGUACAGGAGCAUGCAGCUGCAGCACGCCGGCGUGCAGGCUGAGCCGCCGCAUUACGCUGCCACCGUCGCCGACGUGGAGGCGCCGCCACACCAGCAGCUAUAAAUAAAUAAAA